AAAGAAGUUAGCAAAAAGCGUACACCACAAAUUUUGGCUAACACUUCUUGGUUUGUGUAGGUCUGCGAACUCAUGAAAAAGUAUGCUAAAAAAGACUGAAGUGGGGAGGGAGAGAGAGCAGAUCCCUCUCACUCCAUGUCUGUCUCAGCAGCUUCACCCCUCCUCUCUCGGCACACAUCUGCUGCUGUGAAGAUGGGAUACUGAUCCAGAAGGGAAAAUUUUAUGUCUGGAGUCCUGCCUUAAAGGCAUGGCUGGCUGCAUUGAAGUGCCGUGAGAUAGAGUAGCUCAAAGACAGUAUUUUGAAUUUUUUACUUCCCUUUGGUUUGAGUUUGUGUUUUCUAUUAAAGUUGGGGUAAUGUCCCAGUGCUGGGGCAGGAAGACACUGCUUGGUGUGGAACUGGGCAUACUGGUCUUUCUUUUGGUGGCAGGUAAUGCAGUACAGAGCCAUGACAGGAGGGAGGCAGGGUCUUCCUGCUAUGGAGGAUUUGACCUCUACUUUGUUUUGGACAAGUCUGGCAGCGUGCAGCAUCACUGGAAUGAGAUUUAUUACUUUGUCGACCAUUUGGCUCACAAGUUCAUCAGUCCUCAACUGCGGAUGUCCUUUAUUGUGUUUUCAAGAGAAGGAUGGAUUCUGAUGAAACUAACUGAAGACAGAGAGCUGAUCCGGGCCGGUCUUGAGGAGCUACGCAUGGUGCAACCAGGAGGAGACACCUUCAUGCACAAAGGUUUCCAACGAGCCAGUGAGCAAAUUUACUACGGAACUGGAUAUGGUUACAGAACAGCCAGUGUUAUUAUUGCACUGACAGAUGGUGAACUGAGGGAGAAUGAGUUUGACCUGGCAGAGAGAGAGGCUAGCAGAGCACGUCAGUUGGGUGCCUCAGUGUACUGUGUGGGUGUUAAAGAUUUUAAUGAAACCCAGCUUUGGAAAAUAGCUGACAGCAAAGACCACGUUUUCCCUGUGAAUGAUGGCUUCCAGGCACUACAAGGGAUAAUUGACUCGAUUCUGAAGAGAUCAUGCAUUGAGAUCCUUGCUGUGGAGCCCUCAAGCAUCUGUGAAGGAGAGUCCUUCCAGGUAGUAGUCAAAGGGAACGGCUUCUCACAUGCCCGGGAUGUACAAAAAGUCCUCUGCAGCUUCCGCAUCAAUGACACAGUAACUCUGAUGAAAAGACCGCUGGUGGUGAAAGACACCUACCUUUUAUGUCCAGCUCCGGUCCUGGAGAAGGAAGGAACGUCUGCCACGCUUCACGUCAGCAUGAAUAACGGCCUGAGCUUCAUCUCCAGCUCGGUCACCAUCACUGCGGUCGGUUGUUCUGAUGGCACCUUUGUGGCCAUAGCUUUGCUUAUCCUUCUGCUCCUACUGCUGAUGGCUCUGCUAUGGUGGUUCUGGCCUCUCUGCUGCACUGUGGUUAUUCAUGAACCCCCAACCCCUGUGAUCGAGGACAGCUCUGAUGAAGAUGAGGAUGGAUAUCCUAAAAAAAGGUGGCCCACAGUGGAUGCCUCAUACUACGGAGGCCGUGGAGUAGGGGGCAUUAAGAGAAUGGAGGUCCGCUGGGGAGAUAAAGGCUCUACUGAGGAGGGAGCCAAACUUGAGAAGGCUAAAAACGCUCGCGUUGUUAUGCCUGAACAGGAGUUUGAGCUGUAUCCCCAACGAACCCUUAACAACGGCAUGCACAAAACCCUUCGUCCUCAAAAGUGGUACUCCCCCAUCAAGGGCAAGCUAGAUGCUCUCUGUGUGUUCCUGAGGAAAGGCUAUGACAGAGUGUCCGUGAUGCGACCUCUUCCUGGAGACAAGGGCAAGUGUAUCAACUUCACUCGUGGAAAAUCCCACUCUUACCCUCGCUACCCUAUCUACAACCAUCCAUCCACACCUAUCUACACUCUGCCUCACAGUUAUCAUCGUCCUGCCUCACAGGACCUCUCCCAAUUGCCUCCAUCGCCAACUUCAACACUACCUCCACUGCCAUCCACUCCCCCACCAUCUUCCAUAACACCUCCCCCAUAUACCCCACCCCCUAUCAGAGCCCUACCACAAACCAACCUGAGCCCUGUUUCUGCUCCACCAACCCCUCCACCCCUCUGCUCCUCCACACCCCCAUCGCCAGCUGGCUUUCUACCUCCUCCACCUCAAGGUCCAGCCCCGUGUAGAGCUCCCCCUCCUUCUCGCCCUCCCCCCCGACCCUCUCAUUAGCAUCUCACAGAUGAUAUGAAUGGAAUUGUUAAGUCAGAGGACUCAACCA